AUUUCAGUUUCCUGAAUCGAACCUAGAAUUGUAUUGAAUUCUCAUCCAUCACAAUGAGCAACAAAUUCCUGGGCACCUGGAAACUUGUCUCUAGUGAGCAUUUUGAUGAUUAUAUGAAGGCGCUGGGUGUGGGUUUAGCUACCAGAAAACUGGGAAACUUGGCCAAACCCACUGUGAUCAUCAGCAAGAAAGGGGAUACUAUAACUAUAAGAACUGAAAGUACCUUUAAAAAUACAGAGAUCUCCUUCAAGUUAGGCCAGGAAUUUGAGGAAACCACAGCUGACAAUAGGAAAACAAAGACCACUGUAACCCUGGCAAGGGGUUCACUGAAUCAAGUGCAGAAAUGGGAUGGCAAAGAGACAACAAUAAAGAGAAUCUUGAUGGAUGGAAAAAUGGUAGUGGAAUGUAAGAUGAAGGGUGUGGUCUGCACCAGGAUUUAUGAGAAAGUCUAAGAAAAUCAGCUCCUAGUUGAAAUGACUGUUGCUGAGAAACAACUGUUUCCAUUGGCAAUGUCUGACUACACUGUAGUUUGCUUGCUUUUGCUCUCAUCUAAGUUGAUCAAAUUUGCGAAGGACUAAAUUCAUAAUAAUUGAAAAUUCAGUGUUAAAAAUCUAUUGUUUCAAGUUCUAACAUUUUCACAUUAUAUGCAUUAAAGUUUAUAUAUUGGUCAGACAUAAACAGUGAAUAAUAUCAUUUAAUUACCUGUGAAAUUCUAACCUAUGUAACAUUUUGUGUAUUUGAUACACACACACAUUGUGUAUAUUUGUAAAAGGAAGUACCUGUACUGAAGAGAGUUUGCAAGUUCAAAUACUUUCAGCAGCUAGGAGAAUAGUGAGGGAGGCAUAUCAGAAAUGUAGCAACAACAGAAAGGUACUAUUUUGAAUUAAGAACUCUAAUUUUUAAUAAAAGGGCAACUUCUUUGAUAGUCAUUUAUUUUUUAAUUGAGGGGAAAUUUGUAGAGAGUGAAAUGUACAAGUAUUAAGGGUGAAAUUCACUAUGAUAAAUACAUGCGCCCAUAUAUAUCACACCCUGGCCACCUCCAUAAUGUCAGAAAGUUUUCUCAGUCCCUUCCAGUCCUAUCUCUACCAAAAGCAAGUAAUAAUUUGGUUUCUAU